UGAGACUCUCAUAAUUGGGAUUCCAGUGGUGGAGAAUUGUGUGGAGAGGGCUAUAGGAGAAGCAGUAGAUUGAAGUUACAGAAUGUCUUCCUACACUGACGUUCAUCGUGUCCUGGGCAACACAUCCCGUAAUCUUGAUUUGACUGGCCAUGUCGGGUUCGAUAGCCUCCCUGAUCAACUUGUCAACAAGUCCGUCAAGAAAGGAUUUGACUUCAACAUACUCUGCAUUGGUGAAACUGGGAUCGGUAAGUCAACGUUGAUGGAUUCUCUCUUCAAGGAGGAUUUCAAAGACACUCCUGUCUCACACAAGCAACCUGACGUGAAACUAAGCCACAAUACCUACAGUUUGAGAGAGGGGAAUGUGAGGCUAAGACUAACUGUAGUUAGCACUGAAGGUUUUGGUGAUCAGAUCAACAAAGAGCACAGUAAUACAGCCAUCGUGAAGUACAUUGAUGAGCAGUACGAGAGUUUCCUUCAAGAAGAGCUGAAGAUAAAGCGAGACCUUGUAUCCUUUCACGACACAAGGAUCCAUGCUUGCAUUUACUUUAUAUGUCCAACUGGACACUCUUUAAAAUCACUUGAUUUGGUAUGUAUGAAGGAACUUGAUCAGAAAGUGAACAUAAUCCCAAUAAUAGCUAAAGCUGAUACCAUUGCUCGCUCUGAACUAGAAGACUUUAAGAAAAGGAUAAUGGAUGAGAUAAUCACUAACGAUAUUCGCAUUUAUCAAUUCCCGACUUCUGACGAAUCGGUGGCUGACCUGAACCAAAAAAUGAAUUCACAGCUUCCUUUUGCUGUUAUUGGCAGUCGGGAAGAAGUUGAAGUUGGAGGAAAGAAAGUCCGAGCCAGGAAGUAUCCAUGGGGCACUGUUGAAGUUGAGAAUGAAGCUCAUUGCGAUUUCACUAAACUACGUGAGAUGCUCCUGAGGGUCAAUAUGGAGGAUUUGAGGGAAAAGACUCACUACCAGCACUAUGAGCUGUAUCGCAAGAAAAGACUUGAGGAGAUGGGCUUUGAAGACAAUACAGGUCUUUCGGAGGCUUAUGAGCAGAAGAGGAAGGAGCACUUCAAAGAAAUGCAAUCCAAGGAAGAGCACAUGCGACAAAUGUUUGUCCAGAAGGUGAAAGAAAAAGAGGCCGAGCUUAAGCUAGCAGAGCAGAAAUUGCACGACGAGUUUGAAAAAUUGCGCCAACAGCAUUCGGAGAAAAAGGCUGCCCUGGACGAGAGGAAACGCCUCCAAGAAGCUGAAAUAAAAGAAUUUAAUAAGAAGAAAGCUGCUUUGCAAUCUCAAAGGGCUCAAUCCGAGCUUCAGCAGUUGAAAAACACGCCCACCACAAAGAAGAAGUGAUAAUUGAUUGGGUGUGGUUUGCAUUGACCACGCCUAUUUUCAGUGUGAUGCAAUGCAAUCAUGUUAUCAGUAGAAAACACACAUUCCUCUAUUAUUAUUAUUAUCAUUAUUAUUAUUAUAUUUUGGAAAAUCUAAAUUUUAACAUUAGCGAGUGAUUUUUUUUCUAAUGGACAGAGCAAUUAUGUUUUUUAAAUAAAAUAAUUUUUGGCAGUUUAAAAUGUA